AGAGGAAAGAAAUUUUGAAUGGAAUGUUGGGAGCAAAUCAAAUCGGAUUUCAGACAUACUCAUAUUCAAGGCAUUUCAUUAGUAAUUGCACGCGUGUUUUGGGUUAUGAAUCAACACCGAGUGGUGUUGAUGCUAAGGGAUCGAUAGUAUCCAUUGGUACUUUCCCUAUUGGGAUCGACUCUGAGAGAGUCGAAGCCCAAAGGAAGCAUCCUGAUGUUGCACCAAAGAUGGCAGCGAUUAGGGAAAUGUAUGCGGACAAAAAGAUUAUCGUUGGAAGAGAUAAGUUAGAUUUGGUCAAAGGCGUCCUUCAAAAAUUACACGCUUUCGAAAAGUUCUUGGAAGAUUAUCCUAAAUGGCAGGGAAAGGUUGUUUUGAUACAAGUCACUUCCCCAGCUCUCAGUGAAUCACCAAAAUUAGAAAAAAAAGUAUCAGAGGUCAUCGCUAAGAUAAAUGGCACAUACGGUUCUCUCGAGUUCACUCCUGUUCAUCAUUAUCAUAAUCAUAUGGAUCAGGAUGAAUAUUAUGCGCUCUUAAGUGUUGCAGAUCUAGGUCUCAUUACUUCUGUACGCGAUGGAAUGAACACUACAUCACUUGAAUAUAUCAUGUGUCAGCAGGAAAACCAUGGUCCACUUAUCUUGAGUGAAUUUACAGGAAUGGCUGGGUCUUUGGGAGCUGCUAUAAUGGUAAAUCCUUGGGAUUAUGAUGGAGUUGCAAAGACAAUCAAUGAUGCCUUAAGUUUGCCCGCGGAAGAGAAAAAGGCAAAGCAUAUGCAACUAUACAAACAUGUUACCGUUCAUACAGCCCAAUUCUGGGCAAAGUCUUUUACCAAAGAAUUAGUUGCUAGUCUGAAUAACCAUAAUCAAUCAAGUAUUACCCCAUAUCUCGAUAUGGACUACUUACAGAAAAAAUACAAAUCUGCCAAAAAGCGAUUAUUGCUAUUCGAUUAUGAUGGAACAUUAACACCGAUCGUGAGAACUCCAAGCGCGGCAGUUCCUCCACCUCGUAUGCUUGAGGCAUUAGAUGAACUUACUAAUGAUCCUAAUAACACUACUUGGGUUGUUUCCGGGCGUGAUUCAAUUACAUUAGAAAAUUGGCUCGGCUCCGUUAAAAAACUUGAGCACGGGAGUUUCCUUAAAAACCCAGAUGGUGAUAAAUGGAUUAAUCUGACAGAAGAUAUAGAUAUGAGCUGGAAAAAUGAUGUGUUAGAGAUCUUUACAUAUUACACUGAACGUACACAAGGAUCUUUCAUAGAACGUAAACGUUCUUCUAUUACAUGGCAUUAUCGUCAGGCAGACCCAGAGUAUGGUGCAUUUCAAGCCAAAGAGUGUCAAAAUCAUCUUGAAAAUGCAAUUCUUCCGAAAUUACCGGUCGAAAUUCUAUUAGGAAAGAAAAAUUUGGAGGUCAGACCAACAACAAUUAAUAAAGGAGAAAUUGUAAAGCGUUUAUUGGCGUCUCACCCAGAUGUAGAUUUUGUAUUCUGCGCUGGAGAUGAUAGAACUGACGAAGAUAUGUUUAGAUCAUUGAGAAAAUCAGAGCUGCCAAUCGAUAACUAUUUCUGCACAACAAUUGGUGCGGCUAAUAAGAAAACUCUAGCUGGGUGGCAUGUUUCCUCGCCUGAAGAAUUAAUUCAGGUUAUGCAAAAAAUG